UCUCUCUCUCAGUUAAUACUGUUGAAUAUGAGGUGUUCCUGAUAUCAGGGGCGGAUUUAGGUGACGGAAGGGGUUUAUUCGCCCAAAAAUUAUACCGUAUAUAUAAGAUAAAAUCUGAUUUUUAACCUUAUAUAUUAUAUUUUAAAUCAUCUUGAUCCAGUCUAAAGCAUAACUUAGUGGCCGGGUUCGAAACCUUUGUAAGAUCAUUGGUUCAAUUACCCCUAGCUAUAAUCUUUUUUAACUGUUUUUUUUUUUGGAACCCUCAGCGGAAAUUCUAGAAUUUGAUGACAAGGUUUAACAACCAUCUCGAACUAGAGAAGUCUUAUUCACUGCCAAUAUAAUGUGAAAGAAAACAAAUGAAACUCUGUCAAUUGAGCAAAUUGCACUACCGAAUAUCAUGCUCAACUCAUUUAAUCUUCAAUUUUUUGAAGAAUUAGCUAGUUUAGUCCUUCCUCUUGCAGAUUCAACAAAUUCAAUUGAAAUAUAUGAACACUUAUUUUGCUUGUUAGCGGCUUUUUCAACGUAUAAACUGCCAGAGACUUGAAUAUUUGGGAAUUUUUUCCUCUGUAAAACUUGGUUUAAAACUGUUUGUUUCCUUUUAGGUUGUCCUGUUUGGUUGCUUUUUCUUUGUAAUUUUUGUCUGGCCUUGCUGUUUAGCUGAUUUUUUGUUUGAACGACCAAGCAAAGCUCGAUUGUCUACUUGUGGGAAAUCUGAACACCCGUAGUUAAGGUUAUAUUGAUACAAUUCUGGUGCUUGAUUAAGAUGAGAGCAAGAGAGGUGUCCUUGUUGUUUCUUAACUUUUGGCUUUUAUUGUCUCCAGUGACGGAGCAACGGAGCGAGGAUUUUAACUUUGUGGGUUUUGGAUUUUAAAACGACGACUUCAACCGCUAAUAACUUUGUUCUAAAUUCAAUAUUUGUACAUAUGUAAUAUAAUUUUCUUAACAUGUGGCCGUAUUUUAAAAAAUUCAAAUAGCCAAGUGUCCUUUAUUUUACAAAUGUGUUAUCUAUUUCUAAGUGGCUACUAUGCAUGUGGGAAAUUUCACAAGUAUCUUUGGUGUAUUUCAAUAUCCAGCAUGUGAAAUCCUUUCUUUUGGUUUUGUGUAAGUAGCAUAAGCCAAGUACCAAGUGGCAGAGGAGACAUAGCACUUGUCUCAAGCAAUUGCCAUUAUUGAGCUUAUAAAUAGGCUUUCAAUUUCUACGGAUGAAACACCAAGAAAAGCUAAUAAUUAGAUUCCUGUAUCCUCUAAGAGAUAGGCUUGUUUAAUCCUGGGGAACCAUUUCACAUUGCUGAAAUAGGUUUUUAGGACUGUGUUCAGCACGACUCAAGCCAAUUCGUGUAUCUGCUUACAAAUAAUAUUAUUGCAGUUAUGUUGUAAUUUCUCCGUGUCAUUUCCCUACAUAACACAAAUAUAAUGUUCGAGCAAAAGCUACUGGGUGGAGCCGAGCCUGUAGUCGGGCUUCUAGCUCCGCCCCAUAUUGUUCCACACCAAAUUAUUCUGGUUAUGUAAUCAACUCUGCUUUGAUUUGAACUCUAGGCAGCUGCAUACAAAAUUGUGAAAACUCACUUCACAUAGCAUGCAUUUUCUGCAAGUUAUUAGUAAUAGAUAUUUCCUGUCAGGAAGUUGGACGCCUCCGUGGAUAAAAUAGUACAUGACUUUGAGGCUGGGUGGGAGCCUGAAAUGGAGGGAUAUUCGAGGAAGUUAGUGGAGUUUUGCUGCUCCAAGAUCCUCAUUGAUAUGUGUAGUGAAUUAGAAGAGACGAUCAGCGAUGGUUCUUUUAUCCGUUUCACAUUUGAUAUGAUGCUGGCAUGGGAAAUGCCUACUUCAGAAGAAGAAGAGAUACAUAAAGAGUCGUUGGCGAAAGAAAAAGAAGACAAAAAAGUGGUCUCUGUGAUGCCUCAGGAACAAGAUGACAUCCCUUUGUUCUACUCAGAUAUCUUGCCGUUCCUUGUUAGCCAUAAACCAAGUGCUGGAGAGGAUGCUUUCUUGUGGCUGUCGACAAUUGUACAUUUAGUAGCUGAUGUUGUUAAUGGAAGAUUCACUUUCGAGACUCUGACAGCGCCUACAGAAAAUCGAUUGCAUUUUCCGGCUUAUAACUUAUUUUUGAAGGAGAUCAUAAAGUGCAUAAAGCAUUUGCAAAAGCAAGCAACUCCAACUGGUGUGGACAUGGCAGAUGACGAGGUUAUACUACAUGUGGAAGGAACUGCAAGUUCACAAAGAGUAGUGCGCCAUAUUGGAGGGACAAGUUGGCCUGGUAGGCUGACACUAACAAACUAUGCACUUUACUUUGAGGAAUCCGGAGUCAUCUCUUAUAAAGAUGCUAUUAAGCUCAGUCUUUCAGAAGACUUCGAGCAGAGUGUCAAACCUGCUGCUACAGGUCCAUGGGGUGCUCAGCUCUUUGACAAGGCCAUAGUUUAUGAAUCUUCUGAAUUGGAAGAAUCGGUUGUCCUGGAGUUCCCAGAAAUGACAAGCUCAACAAGGCGAGACCACUGGCUUGCUCUAAUAAAGGAGGUUAUAUUGUUGCAUCGGUUUUUACGUAAGUUUAAGGUUGAUUCACCUUCAGGAUCACAGGAGAUGCACGCGAGAACAAUACUAGGAAUUAUAAGACUUCAUGCAGCUAGAGAAAUGCUUAGGAUCUCGCCACCAAUUCCCAAGAAUUUCUUGAUCUUUGAUUUACUUGAUGAGUUGCCGAAGGGAGAUUAUGUGCUUGAAGAGCUUGCAGAGAGUCUGAAGAAAGUUGACAUUGGACACAGAUGUAGUGCUAGCUCAAUCUUGAGAAGCCUGAAUAUCUCCCUCUUACCGGUUCCAAGUGAAGCGGCAAAAGAAAUCGACGACAACAGCCGCCUUCCAGUCCAAAAUGAAAGCGUCUCAUCGUUGGAGAGUGCUAUUGAUCAAGCAAGAGAGGAAGCAAAGGAAAUUGAAAAGGCCAAAGCUACUGUUGAGGAGCUGAAAGGGGAAGGAAUGGGGAACAGUGUCCAGGUUCUUAUGGGUCUUCUCAAACCGUUCGGGAGGUUAGUGCCUUAUCUUCAAGAGGUAUUUUCAUGGGAAAGACCAUUAUGCAGUGGUAUUUUUAUGCUGACAGCGCUUCUAGUUAUUUACACAGAGUGUGUUGGCAAAGCAAUAUCAGCUCUCUUAUUGGGGACAGUUGCUACAAUGAUAUGGGCAAGGCAAAGAGGGAUAAUAGACAAGGCAAAUAAAAUAGUUAUCUACACUGGAUCUGAUCAGACGACGAUAGAAAGUAUAGUGUCAGCACAACACGGACUAAGAAAUGUCUAUGACUUGGUUCAGAGCAUGAACAUAAUACUACUGAAAAUCUGGUCCAUAUUGGUUUCAAAGGCUCCAAAGCAUGCAUAUUUGGUAAUGGUGGUAAUGGUUGGUGCGGCUGUAAUAUUAGCGGUGGUUCCUUUCAAGUUUAUCCUUAUGGCUUUGACAUUGUGCCUCUUUGUGGCGACAUCAAAGAUUGGGAAAUACAUGCAAGAUGAGAAAGUAGAUCGGAGAUUAAAGGAGUGGUGGGACUCUAUACCCGUCGUGCCGGUUGAAUUUGUGGAAAAGUUGCCUGAUUCAUAAUAUUGGAGGGAUUCCGUAGUCGUGGUAUAUCCCUUCCCUUUCAUUUAAGUUUAUAUCAGGUCAAUUUUUUUUCCGUGCGUUUUGUGUUGGCUUGUUCUCUUAGUUUGAUCACUUCUGGAAAAUUUCAUUCAGUAUCGAUCAUGUGUGAUCACGGGGCAUGUUGAAGACAAUCCAAUGAUCAGGCACAAAAAUUAGGAACGAUUUGUCAUGACAAUUAAAUGUAAUACUACUAGAGUUUACACACACCUCGUAUAUAAAGUCAGAAAUAUGGUAAAAUUUGAUAUAUACCUCCAUGUUUGAGAUUUUCACCAUCGGUAACAGAAGCAUAUUUAUGGUGCAGAACACACGCCAGCCCUUCCCUCUCUCGAGUGUUUCCUUUGAUCUAUGAGAAUGAGAUUACAUAGACAGUGUUGGUAAAAGGAACUCUCAUACAGUUGUAGAGUACAUUUGUGACUACAAGAAGAUUGAGGUUGAAUCAUUUAGCGCUCCCUGCACCCUUUGUAGGACUUUAAUUGAUCUUUUUUUUUUUUUACUUUUAUGGAUGUAAUCUGAAGCAGGGAGCAGUUUACUACGCUUAAAUCACAGACUCUGAAAUUAUUUCUUGUGUCUGUAUAAUAUGUAGUUUUGAAGUUAUAUCAUGGAUGUGUUCGUGAUAUCAUAACUAUUCAAGUAAAUAUUACUGCUAUUCAUAUUGUGCUGA